UAUGUUUGUGUAAGUGUCAGUGUGUCAAAGUGAUUCUGAAAUACACAGUGCAAAUGUCACUUUUCUAAAACAAAAUAAAAUAGAAGAAAAAAAUGUUAAGACCGAAAGCUCUUACUCAAGUUUUGAGUCAAGCAAAUACGGGCGGUGUUGAAAAUACUUUAUUACUGAAUAGAGAUGGUGGUCUUCUGGCAUACAGUGGAUAUGGAGAUAAAGAUGCAAGAGUUACAGCUGCAAUAACAAGUAGUAUUUGGUCUGCAUAUGAAAAAAAUGGACGAAAUGCAUUUAAAGAAGAUGAACUUAAAUUUGUAUUAAUGGAUUGUGUGGAUGGAAAAGUUGUCAUUACAGAAGUUGCGAAUUUACUUUUAUGUCUUUACGCAAGAGAAAAUGUAGGAUUUGGAUUAUUGAGAGAAAAAGCUCAAGCGCUAGCUAAAUAUCUCGAUCAACCAUUAAAACAAAUAGCGAACAUGCCAUAAAAAAUAUGUCUUAUAAACCAGAACAUCUCAUUAUUUGCGAUUUACUUUUUUCUGUGCUAUAAUUUUUCACACUCGACAUUGUUAUUGAUAUUACAUUAUUUUGUAUAUAAUAUUUUUAUUUCAUUAAAUAAUUUCUAUUAUCGAAAUAUAGAAUAAAAUAUGUAGAAAAAGAA